UAAACAAACAGUUUAUGGAAAAAGUGGAUUGUAAUAUAAUUGAAGUAGUUACUGGGAAAUAUUAACUUAACCUCUAAAUGGCUAAUUACCAAACUGCCCAACAGAAAAUUACCCGCAUACGCGAGGAAUUCAAAAGUCAAAUCGUUCCAUUAAUAAGGGGAAUUUUAGCAGAAGAACCGAACGACAUAACAUCUUAUUGUGCUCAGUAUUUUCAAAGAUUACUAGCAAAUAGACAGAAAGCUGUAGAAGGAGUUAUUGAUACUAAUUUCUUCGACGUAGAACCUGAUUGUUUGCAAAGUAGUAACCUUUCUUCUCAAACAAAUUAUAUGGAAAGUCAAGCUACCACGCUUCCUCACGUACAAGGAUCAACAAGUUUACCCGUUUUGACCGAAACCUCAGAAAAGCUACAGCUACGAGAAACAAGUUCUUGGAGUGGUUCUCCAAAUGCACGACCUGCAUCUGGGAAACGAACAGUCAUUUUCGAUCCUGCAGAAGCCGCGAUGCCAAUUGGUGACCAAGUCAACAUUGCAGGGAAAGAUGAAGAAUAUGCUGAGGAAACUGGCAAAUUAGGAGAUGCACGACCAAUCGAAGACAAGAAUAAAGAAGAAUAUUCGUACAACAGUUCUUUCGAGUCAAGAGUAAAUGAAGAAUUUUGGACAGUCCAACAUACAGACCUUAAAGAAUGUACUGAAUGCAUGCCAUCGGCUCCUCCGUAUGAGUCUGAUGAUGGUGAACGUGAAAUAAAGGGAUAUUUUGCAUCAGUCUUGUCCCUUGGAAGUAUGCAGCAGGCAAGAGGUACUUGUAAAUAUUGGUCCAUGCAAAGUAAGGAUAAAGAACCAUUGCACAUUAAAUCGGAGUCUCCUGAAUUAGAUAACAAAGUCGAUGAUUUAAUUGAUUCUCUUUAUCAGUGUCAUAUAGAUGAGGGAGAAGAAAGCGAAUUGCAAUCCAGAAAAAGAAUUUCUGCAAGUUCACCUUCUGGAUUUAAUUCCCGAGUAAAAUAUUUCAUCAGUGAGAUAGUGGACGAGGAAAGGAAUGAAAAGGAUAUGAAUGAGGUUAUGAACGAUAACUCAGGAAUGCACCUGAAAACGUCCGCUGAAAUUAAAAGUAUUGGGAAAAAUUUUUGCAGUUCGUUCAGCGAAUUGGAGAAAGAAUUCAGUAUCACUGAAAGUAACUUGGAUGAUGAAUUUUCGAAACCCAAAGAGAUAAGCGAUAUUCAGAAAUCACAAGAGAAGAGGAAUGAGACUUUAGAGAGCCAGAUUGCUUUCAAAAAGAAUGGUGAAAGUUGUUAUGAAAGUCAUAACUCUCCAGAAGAAGAAAAAGAGAAGAUGGUUGAUCAGUUUAAUAUAACAUCAGGAAGACAGGGAAAUGCUUUAGGAGGUUCUUAUUCAAUAGAUAGUCAAAAGUGUCUGCUGUCGAAAACUAAGGAGAAGUGCAGCCUAGUAAGCAGGCAAGAUGAAAUUUUGAGCGAAGUUCAUGACAAGCAUAAGCAGUUGAUUAAAAAGGAAGAAGAUGCUGCAGUUCUAGUCAAAGAGAACAAAAAAACUGGAGAGCUCGUUGCUUCUGAUACCAAUAGACUUCAAAAAGAAAAUAAUUAUGAUUUAAACGAAACCUUAUUUUAUAAGACAGACAAGGGAUUAAACAUGAUGAAUGAUACUAAGAAUAAGCAUGGAGUUACUAAUAUAGGAUUCAGAACUGAUGAUGAAGAUGAUUCAAUUGAUGAAUCUUGGAAAAGAAAAUGGUAUGCAUCGCACCCCCGUCUGGAUCAUCAUUUAUCAAAAAUGUCUCAAAAUCUUGGACCAUCACUACACCCAUGUAAGCCUCAGUUACCAGUUCCUUCGUCCAAAAGACGUCGUAGAAAUUUACCUGUAAUCAGAGAAAAGGGUGAUGUGGAUCCACAGAGACAGCGAUUGCUUAGAUAUGGUCAGAGGGUUCAACUUCCUCAGUUUAACAGAAUGUUGACUCAAAUUCAAUCCACUUCCCCUUCAAGAAACCGAAAUGAUCUGCCGAGUCCCAACAGACGUUGCGAAAACAUUCUUAAAGAAAGAGAAGAUACCUCUGAAAAACCAGCAAAUUAUAAUAGUUCAGAUAAAAAUGAAAAGCAAACUCAUGAAAAAGAAACCGAUUGUGCUGUAAGUAAAUUCGAAAACAUUAAGUUUUCUGAAAUAUGUGAUGAAAAUGAGCUCUAUCUUCACACUAACGAAUUAGAAGAUAUCUCGGAAAGUAAUGAUGGGAAGCUUAGUAUACCAGAAGGAUCUAUUGUCAACGAAAAACAACUUUCCCGAAAGAUUCCUGAAGACCACUUGCAGAUAAAAGUUAGUCAAAAUGAUAAACAAAUUAAGACAGAUUUUAUCCCAGAAGGAAAUGAGCAACCGUCAGUGCAGGAAAACAAGGUUUCAUAUGACACAUUAAAAAAGAUUAAUUCUCACGAGAAGCUUUCGAUGUCUGAAAGAAGAGAACAGAAUGAAAGUUUCAUGCAAAAUAUGACACCAACUUCCAGCUCCUAUGUUCCACUACUCCAAGAAAGUUAUAUGACUUCCGCAAGUACUCCAGAGUUAUUAAAUUGCCUUCAAACUGCUGAAAAUAUUAUUGAUCUCUGUACAUUUUCAAACAAUGAAGAAACAAGAUCUAAGCCGGAAUCCUUAAAUACUGACAGUAAUGAAUCUCUGUCUGAUGGUCAUGAAUUUAAUUUAGGAGUUUUAGCUGAAGGUGAUCGAGCAUCAUCUCAAGAUUCUGAAAAACAGCAAACAGUCAGUAGUUCGAAAACUUCGCCAAAAUCCACUGAUGUCGAACCUGGUCUUAAAUCUGCUUGUGGUGAUUUUGCAUCUCCCCAAAACAAUUCGGUUGUUGCAAACCGUCAACAAAUUAGGAACACUUUAUCAAGCAGCAACUUAGAUAUUUCAAUUAAUUCCUCUAGAAGAAAUUUAAACGCAUUUCAAGAGAGUAUAGAGACCACGAAUAACAUUUCAACAGAGCAUGCGCUUGAGAAUAAUGAAGGGACAGAUUUUUCCUACUACACAGAUAGCGAUUCGUUUGAGUUUGAUUCAAGCGAUUUAUCGGAGGAAGAAGGAAAUGAAAAUACUGAUGCUGCUGAUCCUACAGCACAAGAGAAUAAACAGUAGCUCCUAGUAUUUGAUUCAAGUGCUAAUAUAUGUUCAACAAUUACGUUUUACGUACACAUAUGAGCUACUAUCAUAACACCGAAUAUAAAGCGAAACUGUUGCAGUUAUAUGCCUCAAAUUCCAAGCGUAUUGAUACUUGCUUUCUGUAUUAAUACAAGAAUUAAAUUCAAAAAUAGAAUGCAAAAAACUUGUACAAAGAAGAAAUUUCAAAAUUAGUUUAAAUUUCAUUUAAUAUUUCAAAAACAGUAGAAAUAAUUCAAGGAUUAUUAAAACAAUUUAGGAAUAAUUUUGUACAAAAUUAUAGUACGCGAUUAAAUAUCUCCCCUGCAACCUUUUACUCGACAUUCUUUGCUUCAGUUUUGCUGCAUAUUAAAGUGUGAAAGCUUUACAGUUAUGACUUAUGUAUGGUAAAUGGCUAACAAUCAAAUAAUAAAUCUUUCUUUAAA